ACUGCCUCACCUGCUGGUAUUAAAUUAACUUGUUAAAUAGACUAUCCAACUGAAAUGAUACGGCAUCACCAAUUUUACAAAAAAACAGAGUAGCCCAGAAAAUAAGCUCCCAAACCAUAACCUUUUUGUCCGCUGAUACUGCUAUUACUAUUACUGCUACAAUGGCAGAACCAGCUCCCAUAACAAAAGAAGAAUUAACAUCAAAGCUAGUUCAAGAAUUGGCUAAAAAAGGUGAUGAAAUACCAGAGGAAUACCUCCAGAAAGAUGGUUUCCCUGAAGCCAUUGACGCCCCUGAUUUGUGGAGGGACAAUCUGCUUAUUGAUUUUUCACUCCUCUCUUCCUCGACACCGGAACGCGCAAAGCUCCGAUCAGCCCUUUCUCAAUGGGGUUGCUUUCAGGUCAUAAAUCAUGGGAUGGAGACAUCAUUCCUUGAAGAGUUGAUUGAAGUUUCUAAGCAAUUCUUCGCCCUUCCCCUGGAUGAGAAGCUCAAGUGCUCUGCAGCAGAUGACGUUUUCCAAGGGUAUGGAAGUGAUUCAGUUUACGCAGGAGCUCAAACAAUCAAUUGGAAUGACAGGCUAUUUCUUACGCUUUACCCUGAGGAAAAGCGCAAGCUCCAACACUGGCCAACAAAGCCUGAGAAAUUCGGGGGAAUGAUAAACGAGUACUCAAAUAAGCUAGCAACCAUGACUGAAGCGAUUUAUAAGGCAAUGGCAAGAUCACUGAACUUAGAAGAAGACUGUUUUUUAAAACAUCAAGGGAAGCACGGGCCAAUAACCGGAAGAAUCAGCCUGUAUCCUCGCUGCCCAUGCCCUGAACGUGUUCUUGGGCUCAAACCACAUUCGGAUGGGGCGACAAUGACAUUUCUCUUGCCAGAGAAAGAGGUCGAAGGUCUCCAAGUCCUAAAGGACGAUCUCUGGUACACGGUACCAGUCAUUCCAGGAGCUUUAUUUGUAAACUUUGGUGACUUAGGAGAGGUGAUGACAAACGGGGAGUUUAAGAGUGUGAUACAUAGGGUGGUAACAAAUGCUGCGAAAGACAGGAUAUCAAUGGCCGCUUUUUGCACUCCAGAAGACGAAAAGGAAAUUGGACCAGUCAGUGAAUUGGUGAGUAUUCAUCAGCCACAAAAGUACAAGAAGUUCAACAUCCAUGAGUUUCGGCAGAUGUUUUUUGAGAACUAUGCGCAAGGGCGUCGGACAAUGGAUGCGUUGAAGCUUUAGUGUCUAAUGUUCUUAGAGUAAAACUCCUUAAAUCAGAGGAAAGUUUCUGGGGAGAGGAGCAAUCAUUAUGGAGCUUCAAAUUGAAUCAGUUCAGUUCUGGAUUGAUGUUCUAUUGAUAUGUGUAUCAUCACACUCUUUAAAGUUGAGAAUUUAACUAGAAGAGUUGAAGAGUUUCAAUUCCUGUCAGCGUUUGGUACGUGUGUGUUUUUGCUUUCAUGAUACUAUAAAACUGCACCACUUAAGCUUCUACGUUACUAGACACAA